UGGACUGCUUGAUAACCACUUCCGCUUUUUUCCACGCAGGUCAACAUUUGCGUUUACCUAGAAAGACAGUAAAGACAUUGUAGAAAGGUUUUUGUUGAUUAAAACUCACGUUUAGAAGAUCGACAGGUUGAGAUAUUUAUGGAGCAUAAUAAUGGAGAUACUUCUAGCUGGUCGAUGCAGCGACGAAUGGAAGGUUUGGUCAACAAACACAUGGCAGACAUAGCACUAGAAACACUCCAACAGAGACUAUCAGCUGUGUCCGACGAAAUGAACCAUCUUGCGGAACAUGUCUCGAGACGCUCGGAGGAUGUUCCCAAGUAUGAUAUUCCAAGACGCACAGAUGUAAACUUUGACGUUGAGUCACUGAGUGCAACAUUUAGCACGGGUAGUGUUGGGGAAAAGUUGGCGAUCCCCGGCACCUCAUCAUCAGCAGAGACGGCUGCCCAGCGUAAAAUCAUCUCCCUGCUGGUGGAGAUUAAGGAGGAGCAGCAGAGACAGUGGGGCGUUUUGAGGCAGAUGCAGGCCAGGGUUCAGGGCCAGAGCUUUCCGGUGGUAGAGGAAGAGGUGGAGGCUCUAGACAUUGACAUCCCACUGAGGACCAUGGAGCAGCUAGAUGACACAGAGAGGCACCUGGAGGAUGCAGGAGCACAGAAGAGAAUGGUGUCUCACCUGUCACGAAUGGGUGGGGCCACGUUUGAUGAUGCGGUGCGAAGGCUCAUGCAGGCAGUGCUAUCUUUUGCUGUGGGCUCUGAGCUCAACUGGGUAGGCCGAGGCCAGAAAAGGAGCUUCAGAAACACCCGCCUCCAAGGGGUUCUCUUCUGUGCUCUGAAAAGAACCCCAGUGGGCAAAGAGGCCACACAUCACCAGUUUGCAGACGUGGUGAAGAAGUGGCUGCGGUUCGCCCCAUUCAGACAGGGAGGGAGUGGUCGACGGCAUUAUAAACCACCUGUUGACUUCCUCUGUCCAAAGGAAUGUGUAGAUCUGCCUACACAUCAGCCUACACAUCCACAAACAGAGCAAACGGGCUCUAACCAGAAGAGGAGUGGGAGGCCCCGGUGCACAACUGCGCAAGAGGACAAGUACAUUAGUAUCUAGUUUGAGAAACAGACGCCUCACAAGUCCUCAACUGGCAGCUUCAUUAAAUAGGACCCACAAAACCCCCGUCUCAACGUCAACAGUGAAGAGGCGACUCCAGGACGCUGGCCUUCUAGACAGAGUUGCAAAGAAAAAGUAGAUAUUCUAUUAAAAAUCUGCAGUUUCCAGCUACAAUAGUAAUUUACAACAUUAACUAUGUCUACACUGUAUUUCUGAUAAAUUUGGCUGUUAAUAUAGGCCAUGAACAUUGCAGUUUGUAGUAGGUCUAUGACGUUUUCAUCCUUACGAAGACGCAGGCUUCCGGGUCAUUCAGAUGACCUCUUUCUGCACAUUAUUUUUUCUAUAUAACUGUGAGUGAGUGAAUGUUAGACACGAAAGCAAUUUACUAUAUGUUAAAAAGUAAUGUCUAUAUAAGCUUAUUUCUUGUAACAACCAUCAUACAUUGUAAAUAUCCAUAAAUUGAUAUUUGUAAAUACAUAUUUCUCAUUAA